CUCAGAUGUCGUUUGGUUGUCUUAAGGAUAUGAUAUUCGGGCGCAUGCAAAACUUGGAACUAAACACCAGACAAAGUGUCUUCAUAAAUGGAGGUUUUUAAUCCGGAAUUUAGAAGUGAUCUCGUAGGAAUGGUUCUGGGUUCUCCGAUCCCUUCACAGCCCAUCGAUCGCGAAACCGUAACGCGUGCAGAAGAAACGGGAGGAAAAAAAGAGUCUUUGCACAAGCAUAUUGUUGUUUACGUGAAUGGAGAUCGCUCAAGUGUUGGAACUUAUUUACUUCUUGACUGUUCAAGGUAUCACGAGUUAGACGAUUUCUUGAGGGACUUGACGUACACCCUACCAAAACAUGUUUAUUUGCCAUGUGGAGUUCAGCGCAUCUUCACUCCUACGGGCCGUCACCGAGUGCGCUCACUAUCUGAUUUGAAAGAUGGCCUUUCAUACGUGUGCACAGGAUUUGAACCCUUAAAACACCUCAAUUAUGGAGCCAAAGAUUCUCGGGUGAUAGAAAGUGAAUCUCCAAGCAGACACAAAUCACAUGCUUCCAGGAUCGGUUCAAAUCUUCCAACACAGCUUAAAGGUGGAGGCGUCUUGUGCAGAAAUUUUCAUCCACCUCCAGUAAACGAAAAUUUUCGAACAAAAAGAUCUUUAAAUCCACGACUUUUGUGUCGCAAACAAGAGGAU